CUCACAAACAUACUUACACACACACAUAUAUACACAAACCAAGCAAAAUAUUAAAAGUAGCCGACAUUUAAUUAACUUCUGUUAAAAAUGCCAUUAAAAGUUAUCAAAAAGACUUCUAAUAAUAAAAUUCCUCGAUGGCGUUUUAGCGACAUUGUAUUAAGAAGUUUAACUCAACAACAAAAAGCAAAAUUUGAACAAGAUUCGAUCUUUUUUAAAAAUUCAAAGCCUGCUUCAUUACAAAGAAACACAAAACAUUUCAAAAUAAAUGUCCCGAACUCAAUUGCUAAAGCUGAAAUUUACAAAAAAGUUGAAAAAAAACAAACAACCCCUUUGAUUCAAAGAAACAAAAUAGCUCCUUUCACUUCUCUAGGAAAACCAACAUGUGGGUUUGGAUUUUCAUUUGAAACUAAUAAUCGUAAAGAAAAAAUUGGCAUUAUGCCUUCUAAUCUAGUAAAGUGGAGAAGCCAACGCUGCAAAAGUAUUCAAGUCCAACGUCAAAAAUAAUUUGGAAUUAACAACAAAACUUUUAAUAAAUUGUUUAAAAAUACGAUCA